UUUAUGAAAUAAUAAUUUUUAUAUAGAGAAAAUAUUUAUGUCACAUUUAACAUCACAUUUUCAGUGAAAAUAAAAUGGCAGGGUUGGCUAAAGGCUUUCUUUUUCACUGGGUUGGAAAACAAAUGAAACUUAUACCACAUUUUUAUGCUGUACCAGAUGGUCCUCAUAGAUUUAAUUAUCAGGCUAAAAUUGAUGGUAUUAAUUAUAUUGCAUUUGGCGGUGGCCCAAGUAAAAAAGAAGGAGAAGCAGCUGCAGCACGAGAUCUAUUAAAUUAUUUAGUUAACAAUGAAAUUAUACCAGUUGAAGCAGUCCCUCCAAAUAUGCUACAGGCUACUACUUCAGUUGUUGAAGUUAAAAAAAGUUCAGAAGGAAAUCCAUUGAAAAAUAAUUCAGUUUCUCAGGUGUCACAAGGAAAAAGUGAAAACAUUCCAGCAAAAAAAUUAAAAUUAGAAGAGACUAAUGUUGAUGCUGAUGCUCAUCUCCAUGGUAAUUGGACAUUGCUAAAUGCAAAAACUAAAUUGCACCAGUUUUUAAAUGAAAACAAAAUUCCUGCUGAUUUUAUAUAUUAUUCUGAAGGUCCAGACCAUCAAAGGUUAUUUCGUGCAGAAUUAAGUUUUUGGUUGAAAGAAGCAGAUCGAAAAAUCAUUGGUAAAGAGGCAGCUCAUUCUAAAAAGUUAGCUGCACAAUAUUGUUCUCGUAGUCUUGUACGACAGCUUUAUCACAUGGGCAUUAUUCCAGCAGCAGAGCCUGGGCAAAUCGGACUUAAAAAGAAACCUCAGCCUGCUAUCCCUAUAUGGAAAGUAGCAUUGAGUCCAGAAGUUGAAAAACAGAUGCAACAAAUACUACACAUUUCAAAGAUUGAACCAGUUCAGGAGCCAAAUUUUGGUGAGAAGAUAAAUUUACAAGUUCCGAUGAGUUACUGCAUUAGUGAUAAUAAUGAUGAAAUACAAACCGUAAAUUGGGAGCCACCUAGUUUAAAUUGGAAUCCUUGGCUUGCUCAGUCAAUAAUAAUAGAAGGAGAAGAAGGGGAAAGGCUUGCUCAAAGUGGUUCACUUAUUUAUGAUGAGUUUCAAGCAAAAUGGGAUGAUAGUAGCUUUGUAUCAAUGCUGGAGCAACGAAAAAAAUUACCUGUAUAUAAAUACAAACAACAAAUUAUAGAAUUGGUUAAUGAAAAUCAGGUAGUGAUUAUUCGAGGUGCUACAGGAUGUGGUAAAACUACCCAGGUACCACAAUAUAUUUUGGAUGAUUUCAUACUUAAAAGUGCUGGAGAUCAAUGCAAUAUUGUUGUUACUCAGCCGCGACGCAUAAGUGCAACAAGUGUUGCAGAAAGAGUUGCGGCAGAGCGCUCUGAAUUUCUUGGAAAUAGUAUUGGCUACUCUGUUAGAUUUGAUAGCAUAUUACCUCGAAGUCAUGGAUCUAUAUUAUUUUGUACCACAGGAGUUUUGUUGCGAAGAAUGGAAAAUGGGCUGACUGGCAUUUCUCACAUUUUUGUGGAUGAAAUUCAUGAAAGAGAUAUUAAUUCAGAUUUUCUUCUUAUAAUUCUUCGUGAAAUGGUAUCUGUGUUCCCGAAUCUUAGAAUAAUUUUAAUGAGCGCUACAAUCGAUACAAACAUAUUUUCACAAUAUUUUAACAACUGUCCAGUUCUUGAGAUUGAUGGCUUUUUACACCCUGUUCAAGAGUACUUUUUGGAAGAUAUUAUUCAAUUAAUAGGAUAUAAUCCUCCCAUCCCUGAAAAAAAAAAGAAAAAGGUUUCUGACAUAGAGGAGGAGGUAAAUCUAAACACAGUUUGUGGUGCAGAAUAUUCAAUUCAAACAAAAAAUGUCAUGGCUCAAAUUUCUGAAACUGAAAUCUCUAUUGGACUUAUUGUGGCAUUGCUACUACACAUUACAUCUUUGGAAAAUCCUGGAGCUGUUUUAAUAUUUUUACCUGGUUGGAAUGCGAUUUUCAAACUUUUGGGUCAUCUUCAGCAGCAUCAAGUUUUUGGCUCUCAAAAAUAUUUAUUGAUUCCUCUUCAUUCACAAAUUCCAAGGGCAGAUCAAGCAAAAGUUUUUAAGCCAGCUCCUCAUGGUGUUCAAAAGAUAAUUUUGUCAACCAAUAUUGCUGAAACCAGUAUAACAAUAGAUGAUGUUGUUUUUGUUAUUGAUGCUUGCAAAGCUAAAGUCAAACAAUUUACUUCACAUAAUAACAUGAAUAACUAUUCUACUUUAUGGGCUUCCCAAUCUAAUCUUGAUCAACGAAAAGGGAGAGCUGGUCGUGUCCAACCUGGGUUUUGUUUUCAUCUUAUCAGCAAAGCUCGUUAUCAAAAAUUAGCAAAAUAUAUGAUUCCCGAGAUACUGCGGACACCACUUCAUAUUUUAGUGCUGAGUAUUAAGCUAUUAAAAUUAGGAAAAGUGGUUGACAUUCUAAACAAAGCAAUGGAGCCGCCUGCAAUGGAUGCUGUUUUUGAUUCAUUAGAGUUACUAAAAGAAAUGAAAGCUCUUGAAGAAAAUGAAAUUUUAACUCCACUUGGUUAUAUUCUAUCAAAACUUCCAAUUGAACCUAAAUUAGGAAAGAUGAUGGUUCUCGGUUGCAUUUUAAAUGUUGGUGAUGCUGUGUGUACCCUAGCAGCAAGUAUGUGUUUUCUUGGACCUUUUGAAAAAUCAGCUGAAAGCAAAAAUGUAGAAUGGGUUCACAAAAAAUUUGCUGGAUCUAAGAACAGUGAUCAUUUGGCAAUGUUAUGGGCCUACCAGCAGUGGGAGGAUGCCAAGGCUGGUGGUGUACCAGCUGAAGAGCGAUUCUGUCGUAGUAAUGAGCUAAAUUUACAAGUUCUCAGAAUGACAUCAGAAGCCAAGCAACAACUAAAAGAGUUGUUGUGUGCACUUGGCUUUCCUGAAGAAAGUAUGCUUCCCCAUAAGUUUAAUUACAGAGGAGCUGAUGAUCAACUUGAUCUGGUGACUGCUGUUCUCUGUGUAGGACUGUAUCCUAAUAUUUGCAUGCAUCAGGAGAAAAGAAAGGUUAUAACAACUGAAGGAAAAUAUGCUCUUAUUCAUAAGUCAUCAGUUGUUUGUUCAAAUGAGAAAACAUUUUACCCAUCACCUUUUUUUAUAUUUGGCGAAAAGAAUCGUACACAAGUUGUAUGCUGCAAACAUUUAACUAUGAUCUAUCCUGUUCAAUAUCUUUUGUUUACUCCAUGUAAGACAGAAGCAUGCCAUCAAGCAGUAAAUAUUGAUGAAUGGUUGGAAAUAAAGAUGUCUUUUCAACAAGCUGCUCUAUUAGUUGCUUUUCGAAAUGUAGUUGAGAAUUUAAUUGCUCAAGUUUCCUAUGACCCUAAAACAAUUUAUACAUUGUCUUCACAAGAUAAUGAAAUAUUAAAACUCCUAGGAAUUUUAUCUCGCAGUGAAACUGGUUCAUACAUGAUACAAAGUCAAAGUUAUGGUAAAAAAAAAGAGAAUUAUGCCAUUGGAAAUUUUGAUGCUAAAAAUUCGAUUUUUCAAGACCAAAGUACUACAAGUAACAGUAACCCACCAUUGCGUUUUCAACAAAAUAAGAGACAAGGAUAUCAGGAGCCUCGACAAAACGACUGGAAACAAAGCAAUCGAGGAAGAGGUUUUGGGCGAGUAGAUGGAGGUUUUAGGAGAGAAGAUGGAGGUUUUGGUGGAGGGGAUAGAAGUUUUGGGGGAAGCAACAGAGGUUUCGGGGGAGGAGACAGAGGUUUUGGUGGAGGCAACAGAGGUUUUGGUGGAGGCAACAGAGGUUUCGGAGGAGGCAACAGAGGUUUUGGAGGGGGAAACAGAAGUUUUGGAGGUGGAGACAGAGGUUUUGAAGGAGGAGACAGAAGUUUUGGAGUUGGAGAUAGAAGCUUUGGAGGUGGAGACAGAGGUUUUGGAAGUGGAGACAGAGGUUUUGGAGGAGGAGACAGAGGUUUUGGAGGUGGAGACAGAGGUUUUGGAGGUGGAGACAGAGGUUUUGGAGGUGGAGACAGGGGUUUUGGGGGAGUUGAAGGAAGUUUUGGAAUAGGUGAAAGAGGUUUCAGUAGUGUAGAGGAAGGUUUUCAAAGAAAUGGGGAGGGAGGUUUUGGGAGAGCGGAAAGAGGAUUUGGGAGGGGAGAGGGAGGUUUUUGGAGAGGGUAUAGUGGCUGGUAAUAUUUAAAAUUAAGUUAUACAUAUUUUUUUGUACAACUUUGAAACUUCUAAAAUAAUAUUUUAGUAUGUAAAUACUAAUAUACCGAUAGGUAUGAUGUAAAUGAUACCCGUUGUUUUUUCGAUGUAUCGUAUGUAAAAGUAUAGUUGUGAAAUAAUUUUAUGUUACAAA